AUGAUCAGGCCAGGAUUUUCCAUGCGGUCUAGAGAUCUAGUUGACGCUUGGAAGGAGUACACUGAUAUCCUUGAGAGAGAGAACGUGGCCAUCUUUUUUGCCUAUAGCAGGGAAGGACUUUUUAUACUUCCUGCCACAGUUGAGGAUGAAGAAAGUUUGAAUUUUGAAAAAGGAUUCUUUGUUUAUGUCUUAGAAAAUGAUUUUUUGACAGGAGUAGACUCGGUAGUAGAAGACUCGUCUAAAAGAAAGGAGACAGAGGUUGUAGGAGGAUCAUCUGCUGCAGACAAAGCAGAACCCUCCUUAGAAGAGAAGACAAUUCCUUCAUCAAUCACAAAUGUUCCGAAUGAAAUGUUAGGUGGUGAUGUCAGCCGCGUGGAAACUGAAUCAAGGUUAGGAUUGGAUGUCCCUGCUAGAACAUCCUUGAGUCCUUCCAAGUUCUUUGCUGGUGUGCAGGAUGAAGAACAAGGCCAGGCUCAAGCGAGAAAUAAGGCAGAAAGAAAAAGAAAGAACCCAGACGAAGGGGCUUCGUCAGAUGAAGACGGUGAAAGUAGGGGGUCCAUUGCUCCUCCCGUCUUUUCCGGCAAAUGCUAUGUUCAACUAUGCCCACCCACCUCGACAAGCCCGGAACUCCAGUCAAUAAAUGAACGGAGGGAUGAACUGGAUUUGAAUACAAGAGAAGUGAAACCUCCUGCCAUAAGGAAGGGGAGAUCCGUAGUAAGAGCUCCCUCUCCACCUGCUUUCGGCACCUUGCUAUUCUUUCAGGAAAACUCCUAAAGUUACGUCUUUCAGUACUGGGACUCAAGUCAAGUAGUUGAGAUAAGCUGUUUGCUUUUUGUCAGGUGCCCUUAAUGAAGUUCCUUUUGUCCUAUAGAUUCGUUCUAAAGGUCAGUGGUUCAAGUCAAUAAGCGAGGAGGCCCUUCUCACUCAAGCUCAAGCAUUUACUUUUC